AUGACUAUGUGCCUCACGCCGAGCCGGCUGAGAGGAAGAUGUGUUGGGUGCAGGGCUUGGGCUGCUGCUCUCGCCCCUUCGGUCACCGCCCCUGGAAACCCCUUUUGUAAAGCCUAUACAGUUCAGACCCCCGAUCAGACCCCCGAGAGUACGUCUCCAACUGCUGCUACAGAGGUUUAUUCAACAGCUUUAGCUGUUUGCCAUGGACCACUGGACCUCUCUGACUUUCUGAUCAAAGCUCGUGAGCUAAAGGACGAUGAACAUCAAAGAAGAGUCAUACAGUGUUUGCAGGAAUUACAUGAGGACCUUCAAGGAUACAGUAUAGAGGCAGAAGGCCUUGUUUUCUAAGGUACAGGGAAAACAAUGGUGAUGGACAUGUUUUAUGCUUAUGUGGAAAUGAAGAGGAAAAAACGGGUUCAUUUUCAUGGUUUCAUGCUAGAUGUUCACAAAAGAAUACACCGCCUUAAACAGAGUUUGCCAAAAAGGAAACCAGGACUCAUGGCUAAAUCAUACCAUCCAAUAGCUCCUAUAGCUGAAGAAAUCAGUGAAGAAGCAUGUCUCUUAUGUUUUGAUGAAUUUCACGUCACGGACACUGCUGAUGCCAUGAUUCUGAAACAGCUUUUUGAAAACCUGUUCAAAAAUGGGGUCGUCGUUGUGGCAACAUCCAACUGGCCACCAGAUGAUCUCUAUAAAAAUGGACUCCAAAGAGCUAACUUUGUACCAUUCGUAGCUGUCCUGAAGGUCUCUGAGGCAAUGAGAGAGUGGGAUGCAUGUAUGUGGGCAAUGCUGUAUUUCUUUCUGGAAUACUGUAAUAUGCUCCGGCUAGAUUCUGGGAUAGAUGAUCGGAAAAAGGAACUUCCUGCUGCAGGAGAACUCUACUAUCUCACAAGUGAAGCUGAUGUGGAGGCUGUCAUGGAUAAGUUGUUUGGUGAGCUGGCUCAGAAACAAAGCGAUUUAACUAGACCAAGGACUCUAAAAGUGCAAGGCAGAGAGCUGCGGCUGCAUAAAGCCUGUGGAGCCGUUGCCGACUGCACAUCUGAAGAGCCAUGUGAGAGAGAUCCCAUCCAGGACACCACAUUACCUUUAGUCAUCAUGCCUCCUUAG